AUUCAUCACAAGCGCUUGACUUGUAUAGGCAGAAGCAAGAAGAAGCUUCCGAAUCAGACCCUGUUCUGGCCAAAGAAAUCUUGGACUUACUCCAGCUACCUCAUCCUCCUUCUCAAGUUGGGUCGCUCCAAACACUUCACUUUCCUCGACGGUCUCCUCCGUCCCCUCAAGUCCGAUUCUCACCCCAUCACUCCCACCCUCUUCACUUACCUAUUCAAAGUCUACCCCGAAGCCGAUUUGCCCGACAAAGCCCUCAAAACCUUCUACACCAUUCUCCACUUUAAUUGCAAGCCUCUCCCCAAACACCUUAACCGCAUUCUCGAGGUUCUCGUCUCCCACCGCAACUACCUUCGUCCCGCCUUCGAUCUCUUCAAGGACUCUCGCAGCUACGGCGUGGAGCCCGACACCAAGUCCUGCAACAUUCUCAUGCGCCCCUUCUGUCUCAACGGGGACAUUAGCAUUGCCUACUCUCUGUUCAACAUAAUGUUUAAACGAGAUGUUGUUCCGGAUAUCGAGUCUUACCGGAUUUUGAUGCAGGCCUUGUGUAGGAAGAGUCGGGUGAAUGGAGCUGUUGAUCUUUUGGAGGAUAUGUUGAACGGGUUUGUUCCGGAUUCUUUGACUUACACCACUUUGUUGAAUAGUUUGUGUAGGAAGAAGAAGUUCAGGGAAGCUUACAAGCUUCUUUGUAGGAUGAAGGUCAAAGGGUGCAAUCCUGAUAUUGUUCAUUAGAAUACUGUUAUAUUGGGCUUCUGUAGAGAUGGGCGUACUCAUGAUGCUUGCAAGGUUAUUUCUGACAUGCGGGCCAAUGGGAGUUUGCCCAAUCUCGUGUCUUAUCGUACUUUGGUGAGUGGUUUGUGUAACAUGGGAAUGCUUGAUGAGGCUAGUAAGUAUAUGGAGGAAAUGCUGUCCAAAGAUUUUUCUCCUCAUUUUGCUGUUGUUCAUGCCUUGGUGAAGGGGUUUUGUAAUGUUGGUAGGACAGAGGAUGCUUGUGGAGUUCUCACCAAGGCACUAGAGCAUGGGGAGGCUCCUCAUGUGGAUACUUGGAUGAUCAUAAUGCCUGUAAUAUGUGAAGUGGAUGAUGAGGGGAAAAGCAGUGGUGCUUUGGAGGAAGUUCUCAAGAUUGAAAUAAAAGGGCAUACUAGAAUUGUGGAUGCUGGCAUUGGUUUGGAGAACUACUUGAUUGGGAAGAUACGAUCCAGGUCAAGAGCAUGCUAAAACUUCUGUAGGAAUUACUAGCAUCCUGUUGUCAUCCAUGUUGGAUCUGUGAGCCUGAUGGAAUGCAGAGGAUAAUAGUUGUUAAUCAGAGAACCCUGAUUGCAUUACAAUUAUUUUGUUGUGAUCAGUGCUCGCUUGUUCCUCCAUUGACUCUGAGGCUGGCCAGUUGGGAUCCUUGAUUUAGGAGGGUUUGAAGGUAUAUAAAGUUAGUGGCCAUUGCAUGCAGGCGGUUUGAGGCAGUGAAGACAAACUGGAUUGGUUUGGUUGUAAAUGCUAACGCUUUAGUCUGGUAUGUCUGUCGUGUGUGGAGGAGGACUAUGGCAAGCAGAGCCAGAUUGGAAGUUGUUUGAGCUUGCUUCAUGGCAUUCUUUCUUCUUUGAAUACUGCCUUUAUGCCCAUUUGCAAAUUAGGCUGCACCUUCAUAUGUUGUAAAAGUCCUUGCAAUGUGUUUUACUUGGCAAAGGGGGUUAUGGUGGAGCUGAUAAGUCAUGGAUGCUAGUGGGAUUGGUAGGGGUUUUAGUUUAUUGGUUGAAUAAUGUAGUUGCAGUUUAUAGUAGCUCAUUUUUUUCUUUAAUAAAUCGCAGUUUGGUUUAUAUAGCCCCAUUACUCCAUGAGAAUAGAAAUAGGGACUCCAAAACAAUCAUCAAACCUUCCUUGUUCAAUAUUUACGAAUUCUUUUUUGGA